AUGGCGCCUCCGUUCCCAACCAAGAAGUGCGGCGUCCUGGGCUGCACGGGCUCGGUCGGCCAGCGCUUCAUCCUGCUGCUCCAGCAGCACCCGCACUUUGUCCUCCACGCCGUCGGCGCCUCGUCGCGGUCCGCCGGCAAGAAGUACAAGGACGCCGUGCGCUGGAAGCAGGCCUCGCCCAUCGGCGCCGUCGGCGACCUGGUCGUGCGCGAGUGCAAGGCCAGCGAGUUCGCCGACUGCGACGUCGUCUUCUCCGGCCUGGACUCGGACGUCGCUGGUGACAUCGAGAUGGAGUUCCUCAAGGCCAACCUCGCCGUCUUCUCCAACGCCAAGAACUACCGCCGCGACCCCCUCGUGCCGCUCGUCGUGCCGACCGUCAACCUGCCGCACCUGGACCUGAUCCCGCACCAGCGCCGCCACCACGGGCUCGAGAAGGGCUUCCUGGUGUGCAACUCCAACUGCGCCGUCAUCGGGCUGGUGAUCCCGUUCGCCGCGCUGCAGGCGCGCUUCGGCCCCGUCGACACCGUCUCGGUCGUCACCAUGCAGGCCGUCUCGGGCGCCGGCUACCCGGGCGUCAGCAGCAUGGACAUGAUCGACAACGUCGUGCCCUUCAUCUCGGGCGAGGAGGACAAGCUCGAGACCGAGGCGCGCAAGAUCCUCGGCUCCAUCUCGGACGACCGCACCGCCCUCGUCGACCAGGACGGCCUGCGCGUCUCGGCCGCCUGCAACCGCGUGCCCGUGCUGGACGGCCACACGGCCUGCGUCAGCCUGCGCUUCAAGAACCGGCCCGCCCCCCAGAUCGACGACGUCAAGGCCGCGCUGCGCGAGUACGUCAGCGAGGCCCAGGCCCUCGGCUGCCCCAGCGCCCCGCAGCCCAGCAUCAUGGUCUUCGACGACGCCGACCGCCCGCAGCCGCGCCUCGACCGCGACCUGGGCCGCGGCUACACCGUCAGCGUCGGCCGCGUGCGCGAGGACGACAGCGGCAUCUUCGACCUCAAGUUCGUCGCCCUGAGCCACAACACCGUCAUUGGCGCCGCCGGUUCGUCCAUACUGAACGCCGAGGCCGCGGUCCUGAAGGGCUACAUCUAA